AUGGCCUCUGCCACACAAGCACUCGCCCAUAACCUGAACGCCUCUGAGAGGACACACUUCGUGCUGGUUCCAAUGAUGGCACAGGGCCACACCAUCCCCAUGACUGACAUGGCAUACCUGCUAGCCAAGCAUGGCGCGCAGGUCAGCUUCAUCACCACACCACUGAACGCCUCCAGGAUCACAGGGUUCAUCGAUCACGCGGCGGCAGCAGGCCUCGCGAUCCAGUUUGUCAAGCUCCACUUCCCCGCCGUUGAGUUUGGCCUGCCUGAAGGAUGCGAGAACGCCGACAUGAUCAAAUCCACAGAUCUGUUCAAGAACUUCUUGGAUGCCUGCGCAGCGCUUCGGGAGCCACUCGUUGCAUACCUCAGUCAGCAACGCCAAUCUCCAAGCUGCAUCAUAUCAGACAUGAUGCACUGGUGGACAGGUGACAUCGCAAGGGAGUUUGGUAUCCCAAGGCUGACGUUUAAUGGCUUCUGCGGCUUCGCGUACCUUGCCAGGUACAUCAUUGUCCGCGACAACUUACUGGAACAAGUUGAAGAUGAGAAUGAGCUCAUUAGUUUCCCAGGAUUCCCUACGCUCCUUGAGUUGGCAAAGGCAAAAUGCCCUGGAAGUCGAUCUGUUCCUGGUCUGGAUCAAACCCGUAAGAACAUGUAUGAGGAAGAGAUGAGAUCCAGUGGUGUUGUCAUAAACAGCUUCCAAGAGCUGGAGGCUUUGUACAUCGAGUCCUUUGAGCAGAUUACAGGGAAGAAGGUUUGGACAGUGGGACCAAUGUGUCUGUGCAACCAGGACAGCAACACAAUGGCUGCAAGAGGAAACAAGGCCUCAAUGGAUGAGGCACAGUGCUUGCAAUGGCUUGAUUCCAUGAAUCCAGGCUCGGUGAUCUUUGUAAGCUUCGGCAGUAUGGUCUGCACUGCACCUCAGCAGCUUGUUGAGCUGGGACUAGGGCUGGAAUCAACCAACAAGCCGUUCAUCUGGGUGAUUAAAGCAGGAGAUAAGUUUCCAGAAGUUGAGGAAUGGCUCGCGGAUGGGUUCGAAGAACGAGUAAAGGACAGAGGCUUGAUCAUAAGGGGCUGGGCACCACAGGUAAUGAUCCUGUGGCACAAAUCUAUUGGAGGUUUCAUGACACACUGUGGGUGGAACUCAACAUUAGAGGGUAUCUGUGCAGGCGUGCCCUUGAUCACAUGGCCACACUUUGCAGAGCAGUUUGUGAACGAAAGGUUGGUGGUGGAUGUGCUGAAAACUGGGGUGGAGGUUGGAGUGAAAGCAGCGAUACAAUGGUGGGAUGAACAACAGGAGGCUACAGUGACAAGGGAUGCUGUGGAGACAGCUGUGUCCAAGUUGAUGGAUGAGGGGGAGGCUGCAGAGGAGAUGAGGAUGAGAGCAAAAGAAUUUGGUGUUAAGGCAAGGAAGGCUUUGGAAGAGGGAGGUUCUUCGUAUAAUAGUAUAGAUCUAUUGAUUCAUGAAAUGGGAAACCGGACAAACUAUAAUGCAUAA